CUAUUUAUUAAUUCUUCCCCUUUUUUCCUCCUCCGUUUCAUAUUCUUCUCUCCUUUUUUCUUAAAUAUUUUUAAAAACUUUACCCUUUUAAAACCAAUUUUUUCUUCUUUCUUGUGCUUGAUUUCGAUCCACCUAAAACCUUUUUUAAGCUAUUUUAAUGGCGGUUAAUUCUCCCAGUAGCUCCUCUAGCUUGGAGUUGACCAUAUCCAUGCCUGGUUUCGCUUCUUCUCCUUCCGUGAGAGAUUUGGAUAUGAACCAAUUACCGUCUGAAAUAGCUGAAGAAGAGUGGAUCACUGGUAUGGAAGAUGAUGAAGAAAGCGCCAUUAAUGGCGGCCCUCCUCGUAAAAAGCUUCGUCUCUCUAAAGAACAGUCUCGUCUUCUUGAAGAAAGUUUCAGACAACACCAUACUUUAAACCCGAGACAGAAAGAAGCACUGGCUUUAGAGUUGAAGCUGAGACCGAGACAAGUUGAAGUGUGGUUUCAAAACCGUAGGGCCAGGAGCAAGCUGAAGCAGACAGAAAUGGAAUGUGAGUACUUAAAGAGAUGGUUCGGAUCAUUAACAGAACAAAACAGAAGGCUACAAAGAGAAGUUGAAGAGCUUAGGGCAUUAAAAGUCGGUCCACCGACCGUUUUAUCACCUCACACUUGCGAACCUCUCCCUGCUUCUACACUCACCAUGUGUCCCCGCUGUGAACGUGUCUCCACCACCGCCGCGGCGGCGGCGUUCGACAAGGGUCCGACCACAACAGCCACGGGCUCUGCAACUGCGGCCGCCACCACCUUGUCCUCUAAAGUUGGGACAUCACCCCUUCAAUCCCGUCAAUCUUCUGCAGCUUGUUGAUUUUAAUUAAUUAAUUUAAUUUAAUUAAUUAGUCUUGAUUUGCUGUGUAAUGAUUGGUUUAUUUAUUUACUUUGAAAGGAGAGAAAAGGAAAUAGAUAAUCAAGAAUGUUCAUAUUAGUUUAUACCAAAAAGCCAAAAGAUAAAAUAAAAUAGUGUAAUGUUUUAUGUAUAUAACUUUUCGAUCUUUUAUUUGAUGAUCUGUUGCAAAUUUAU